AUGCCCGUAUCAAGGACGGUCUCGAGGACCCUCUCGAAGGACUCUGACUCCCUCAGUUUAAGGUCAAGUAGAACUGGAAGCCUCAGAUCUGAAGGAUCCUCAGUCAGAAGCCAGUCUUCCGCAGCGAAACUCAGACAGAAACUCAUCACUAACUCGCUCCUCAGACAUGAAGAGAAUUCAAAGUCAUCUCAUUCCUCUCCUGUAAUGAGCAACAGAGCUUCCAAGCAUCCCAGGGAUACGAAGGCGACUGAAACCCCCGGGAAAACCCUCAAACAACUCAGUCUCGCCAAGACAAACUCAGUUGAUUCUUCGAAGAAAACGCUUUCUAGGAGUUCUACAAAUUCACAAGAAUGUGAUGAAUUGGAUAUUGAUUUUGGAUCUCCAAGAAAGGGUGGAAAAGGCUUUAAAAGGAGUCUCAGCAACUCAUCAAACAAGUCUACGCCUUCCAGAUUAAACUCAAAAAGGCUCAACACUGAUAAAAGAUUUAAAUCAUACAAUAGAGGUGAGGACUUGCAUGAUACUGAAAUAUCACAGACGGAUUCGAUAUCGAAUAACCAGGACGACGACACUGAGGAGUUUUCUGAUAAGAAAAUUACAGACCUGGCCCAAGUCCCCAAAACCUUUUCACUCACAAGCUCACUUGGAAAAGCAUCGAGUAUAAGUAUUGAUACAGCAUAUUCGGUCUUUACAAUCGAAGACGAAAGCGACAAUGAUAACGUGAACGAUGAGUUUCGGUUUAAGCGGUCCAAGCGCCCUCAUUACAACUUACAGGAAAGCAUCUUGGCCCUUAUUUCCAAGUACAAAACUGACCUGGAGUUACUGGAUGAGAAGAUAAAGGUUCUGGAGUCUCAGUUUUUCAGCAACCCACCCGAAACCACAGGCAUCAUUAAGGGCUGGGAAGGAAAUGUGCUUAAUAACGCAUACUCAAACUUAACAGGACCCAAGUCAAGGAGAUCACAUAACUCAAAGUUCAAAAACAACUUAAAUCACACCCAAAACCUCAUCACCGAACAUAUUUUCUCACUCACAUCUUCUACUUGUGCUGAUGAGGAAUCCGCUAAAAAUAAUAAAUUUAAUAAAGGAGAAUCAUUUAUUAAUAAAUUAAGAUCGAAAAAUGACAAAUACCCUAUUUCGUACCUGGAAUUCAGAGAAGCUGAGUAUAAGAUGGCAAAGGAGAGGAAGGAGGUUUUGAAGAGUAUUGGAGCCUCGAUUAGGGACAAGUGCAGGGCUGAAAUUGACGAAUACGUAAAUUGCUGCUCAGAAAACCGUUUUAUAAAUUUUAAGUGUAAAAAAGAAUCGAAUGAGAUGCACAAAUGCAUCCGACACUACCAAAAAGAUGCGACCACUCCCGAGGCUAUUAGAAAGGUAAUGAAGGAAAGGUUUGAGGAAGGUAAGAGUUCGGCUGUCCCUUCAUACCUUAAGUCGGGUCGAGUUCAGAACUCGGAACCAAAUAACUAG